AUGACAAACGGUCCUCCGCCCUCCCAAGCAGGCCCCUCACAACCAUCUGAAACGUCAGCACAACAGCCGACUCACAUAGGCCCUGUUCCAGUGUCUAGCACGACUUCGCAACAGGCUAUAACAGCAGGUCCUUCCUCGCAGCUUCAGCCCGUACAAUAUGGGCCUGUGACUCAAGGACAGAAUCCUCAAGGCUAUUACGCGAUGAGCUACACACCCGGUGGAUGGCAAAACGCAUGGCAGGUCCCCUCUUACCCGUACAUCGCGUCCGGUAGCGUACCAGGCCAGCAGACACACUACGCUCAGGUUCCCUAUGCUCAAUAUCAACCUCCUGCUGUGACCUACCAGCCGCGUCAGAGAAACAAGGUUGCACAAAAACCGCGUUCACCAACCCCAGAACCUGAAUUACAUCGUCAUUGGGACGAGGUGAUACGGUCGUUCUUGAAGAAGGUUGGGAUGAAUCAGGCUUUGAAGGGAUUCGAAGAUGAUAUGGUAGUUAUGAAUGCGGAUUGGGAAAGGCAGAAGGUUCCUGGUGCUAUUGGAGAUUUAAUGAAGGAUCUUAUGAACUUGGGGAAAAUGAAAGGCAGCGAAACGCUCCAGGAACGACCAUUGGAGGAGCGAAAGCUCGAUUAUGUUCAUCUCUCUGGCGGUGCCAAGCCCCAGUCUCAGGCGUCGAUAACAAGAUCAAUAUCCCAAUUCCUCGCCCAAAAUCGUGCGAGGAAUGACGCCUCUAAUCGCACAGAGUUCCUCGAAUCUCUCGCCCAAAAGCGACGGCGACUAAAUCUUGAUCCAGACAGUACAGAGCCCAUACCAUCCUGCGCACGAACAGAUGCAAAGCACCUUGACCGCGACGUGCAGAUGAAAUAUGAUAUUGCAAAGAAUGAAGAUGGACCUCUCCGACGAACCAUGAAAGGUGUCACUGGUGAUAAGGGCUGGCAGAAAGAGCUUCUCGCGCUACAUGAUGAUGCAGAAGGCGGACAGCAGCCUGCAACAGACCAACGGGUAACGAAUAUCGAAGAACAUCUUGCCGUCCGCUAUGGUAGGUAUAUGAUAUAUUGUAUGAGUGGCAUAUUCUAA